AAGUGACGUAACAACCCGCUCUGCCUCGUGAAGAAUGUCUCGCAGCGCUUCUAGUCUUCGCGUUGCUCAAACGACAGCGUAGCGCGCGCGAGAUGAGGGUCGCCGUGGUAGGCGCCGGCUGCUGCGGCAUCACGGCCGUCAAGGCAUGUCUCGAAGAAGGGCUGGACGUGGUAUGCUUCGAGAAGGCCUCCGACUGCGGCGGGCUAUGGUGGUACCGGGACGAGACGCCCGAGUCCGGUACCGGUACCGUGAUGCGAUUCACGGUCGCCAACAGUAGCAAGGAGAUGUCGUCGUACAGCGACUUCCCGCCGGACAAGGACGCGCCACUGUUCAUGCCCCACUGGCAGACCCUCGAGUACAUCCGCAGCUAUGCAGAUCACUUCGGAGUGACCCCGAAGAUUCGCUUCAACCACGACGUGCUCAGGCUUGACAGGGACGGCACACUGAGGAUUCGCGACUCGAAGACCGGUCGCGAGUGGGAGGACGUCUUCGACGGCGUCCUGGUAUGCACGGGGCACCACGGGUCGCCUUCGAUUCCGGACAUUCCUGGCCGAGAGCUCUUUCGAGGACGUGUGAUGCACUCGCGCGAGUACAAGUACGCCGACGACUCGUUUAGGGAUAAGACCGUGGUCGUCGUGGGAUUCGCGAACUCUGCUCUGGACGUCGCUGUGAACCUGAGUAGCGUAGCGAGACAGGUGUUCGUGAGCACGAGACGAAUCAACUGGGUCCUGCCAUGCCACUACAAGUCCGUCCCCAUAGACGUGUACGCGUACAACCAAACUCGACUCUGGCUGUUCGGCUUGCUUCCCCUCUCCUGGUAUAGCCGCUUCCUAGCAAGAGUGGUCAACGACGCGUGGGACCACAAGGCCCUCGGCGUCCAACCCAAUCACGACAUGCUGAGCCAGGCCCUGGUCAUCAACCAGUACAUCGACGGCAAAAUCCUGGACGGCACGGUGAAAAUUCGCGGACCGCCGCAAAGAUUCACGGAAAACGGGCUCGUCAUGAACUACGUCGAAGAAGACGUGGAUGCCGUCGUUUUCGCCACGGGCUUUACGACCGGUUUGCCCUUCCAGACUGACGCCCUCUCAAGAGACGGAGAACGACUUCUGCUUUACAAGAUGAUGAUUCCACCGGCGAACCCCAACGUCGCGUUCCUGGGCUUCGUCGACGCCAACGCCAGCCUCCUGCAGGCGUUCGAAAUGCAGGCUCGCUACAUGGCGAGAGUUUUCUCGGGAAAACUGAAGCUGCCUUCCAGGGAGGCCAUGGAAGCCGACGUGGCAGCCACGCAACAGAAGAUCAAGUCAUUCUACGUCCCAACGUCCAGACACUCCUUGAUGAUAGACAAGAUUGCCUACGUCGAAGAACUCGCAAAAAUCAUCGGCGUUAAGCCCAACUACUUCAAGCUGCUCCUCACGGACCCGAAGCUGUACUACGCCCUCGUGACGUCUCCUGUCCUCAACUACCAGUACAGGCUGGAAGGACCGCACUCCUGGAAAGGAGCUCGCGACGCAAUCCUGGGAUUCCAGGACAGGAUGCGAGCUCCGCUGCAGCGCAGAAACGGCGAAAACGGCCGCCCGUCCUCGGCGACGAACUGCGUUACCGUGGGGAGGCUGUCCACAUUACUCGUUGCCGUUGGAGUCUCAGUCUACCUGAUUAGCGGUUCGCUGAAGAGUGCGCAGCAACACGCUUCUCUCGCAUGUGAAAUGGCAGCGAAGCGUUUGCCCCUAUUCGCUGCUACCCCUCUGCUCUACAUAGCAAAUCGGAUGUCACCUACAUAGUAUAAGCAUUUCCUUUUUUUUUUUUUUAAUCUUGUCUUCGGAUGUCACCUACAUAGUGUAAGCGUCUCUUUUUUUUAUCUUGUCUUUCAGAGAACAAGGCGCCGCUCAUCGGUGUUUGUACUUCAGCUGCAAGUUUGUGUCCACCUGCAGGGCAUAUGAAGUGCGUACGGAUUGCAUUCGAUGAACCAAGAAUACCCACUGCAACGUAUGUAACUGCAAGAGUGUAUAGUCUAGAAACUGUACAGCUUUCUUCUAGAUCUCUACCGGCCCCUUCUCGCGCGCGUAUGCUUACGGUAACACUUCGCUAUAACACUCGUAUGGUUGACAGCCUCAAUGAAACAAUGUCCAUUCUUUGUAUAAUUGUCUUCCGAAACCCGAAAAAUAAAUAGAAUGACUGAUUCA